GAGAGAGAGAGAGAGAGAGAGAGAGAGAGAGAGAGAGAGAGAGAGAGAGAGAGAGACAGAGAGUGAGAGUUUGAGAGAGAGAGAGAGAGUGAGAGUUUGAGAGAGAGAGAGAGAGAGAGAGAGAGAGAGAGAGAGAGAGAGAGAGAGAGAGAGAGAGAGAGGGGGGGGGGGGGGAGAGGGGGAGAGCGAGAGAGAGGGAGCUGCGCUGAGUAGAGAUUCAUUCAGUGGCAGGAGAAUGUGAGGGGUGCUUGGUACUUUAAGCAGAAAAGCCAAUUACCUUGCCGACCAUGACCAAGUAGCAUCUGUUCGCUUUGCAGGUGGUAAAACCUACAGGCAAUGCAUUGAUCGGUGAGAACAGCAGCAACAACUCGAGCCACUGGAAAAGACCCGGAGAAGAAGAAGAGGAGAGAAAAGAGGAGGAGAACAGUGGAUACAAAGAAAAGCCGAAGAACGCCUCAAAGGAGGACCUAAGAGGGAACGGGAAACCAGAAGAGAGAUACAGUCAUAUUUAACAGCAGCUUGCACCGCUACCGUGAUGUCUGUCCAGCCAUUGACUCUAGUGGUCCUGUUUCUGACAGUACAAAGUGGGUGCAUGUUUCCUGGGCAACACUGGGGAGAAUGGAACGACUCCCAGCUCCAUCCGACCAUCCAGAAGCUGAUGAAGGGAUAUAAUAAAUACCUCAGACCUAACUUUAAUGAGGGGCCUGUGGAAAUCGGAAUGAGCCUGGACAUCGCCAGCAUAGAUGCCAUCUCUGAGAUCAAUAUGGACUACACUGCCACCAUCUUCCUGCGGCAGCGGUGGCGGGACAGCCGCCUGGUGUUCCCCGGGAACGGGAACGAGAGCGUGAGCGUCGACGGGCGGCUGGUGUCUCUGCUGUGGAUCCCGGACACCUUCAUCCCGGACUCCAAGCGCUCGUUCCUGCACGACGUCACUGUGGAGAACCGGCUGAUCCGCAUCUUCAGCAACGGCACCGUCCUCUACGCACUCCGCAUCACAGCCACCAUAGCCUGUAACAUGGACCUGACCAAGUACCCCAUGGACAGACAGGUGUGCACCCUGCAGCUGGAGAGCUGGGGAUACAACCUGCAGGACGUCGUGUUCUACUGGACCCGGGGCAAUGAUUCGGUCAAAGGCCUGGACACGCUGAGGUUGGCCCAGUACAGCAUAGAGAGCUACUAUACUUCAGUAUCUGAGGCUGUGUACGAGACAGGAAAUUACCCCAAGCUGGUCCUGCACUUUGCUCUCCGUAGGAACGUCUUGUUCUUCAUCCUGGAGACCUACGUUCCCUCCACCCUGCUGGUGGUUCUCUCCUGGGUAUCCUUCUGGAUCAGCCAGUCCUCGGUUCCGGCCAGGACCUGCAUCGGCGUGACCACCGUCCUCACCAUGACCACGCUGAUGAUGGGCGCUCGCACCUCUCUCCCCAACGCCAACUGCUUCAUCAAGGCCAUCGACGUGUACCUGGGCAUCUGCUUCACCUUCAUCUUCGGGGCCCUGCUGGAGUACGCCUGCGCCCACUUCUGCACCAUGCAGCACCAGACCCUGGAGGAACUGCAACAGGUGAGUCCAAAGCGCAGAGCCGGGCUGCCUGCCGCUCCACGUCGCCCACCGUCCCAAAAACGAGUGACGAAAGGUGGUCAUUCAGUACGAACUGGGAGUAAAUAUUUACCGAUUUCCUUAGCUUAUGUUUUAGCUAAUCGCCUUAAUGGAAUAUUUAAUUCCAUUAAGCCUAAGCUUAAUGCUUGGAAUUGCGUGGUUGACAGUGCUAGCAUCCCACUUAUUAUCUCAGCACCUCUCUCUCCCUGUCCCUCUGUCGGUCAGGAUCUCCUGAGAGACUUUAGAGAAUCGAACGGAAACGGAUCCAUCCUCCCGGCCCGCUGCAUCCAACCGCAACAGCCGGUGGAGCUCGCCUCAUGCGCUGAUGAGGAAGACGAGAGGGAGGACGGGGGGCGAACUCGCCCUCCUAAAGCAAAGAGCCCUGACGUCGCCUCCCACCAAACAGGGUUAAAGGUCAGGAGGUCAGGCGGUUGCGUGGAUGGCCGCUGCAUGUCGUCAGUGAGGCAGGCCUCGCGCACGGUGGCGCACGUCUUCAGCGUGGAGAACCCGCACAAUAUCGACCGCCACUCGCGCUCGGUUUUCCCCCUGGCUUUCCUGUUCGUCAACGUACUGUACUGGCUUUACUAUCUCUGCCUCUGAGAGCGAUCGGGUCAGCGUUCUUCCUCUUCCUCCCGUCAGGGUCUGGGCUGGAGGCGUGAGCCAGGAAAACAAGGAAGCUCUUGUCGUUCAUAACCGGUUUAAGACUCACUUUCUCCAUCAUAUACAGAUCUGCUUUGAGAUUACUUUUUAGUUAUUUAUCCGUCUCGUCUGUACAUAUGUGAUGGUAGCAAAGUUUGGUCUAUCGGGAAUUUGCCAAUUCUAUUUUUCACAUAUUUUAAGUUCAUUCGUUGUUCAUGGCAUGAAGGCUCACACACUCAAGGUGCGCUGGUCUUACGGCAUGUCUACAUUCACACAGCGAACAAAGGACUUGAAUCCAAAUGAAAAAGACUGUCUCCACUUGUUUAAACUGCAUUAUAUUACCUCAAAUGAACUUGCUUAUAUAAUUCUCAAAAAGAAUAUUUAUCAUUUCAUUACAUUUAGUUUACUUUAUCAUUUCUAUUUCAUUAUUCAAGCCAUGUGAGAGUAAAUGGAAUAAAGAGAAUUUAAAUGUG